AUGCCCUCCCCCCAGAAAGCAAGAGCGACGAGGCCUCGAGGGUCUGAGGAGGAAUUCGUCCUCUUCCUCCAAGGGAUUCCAGCCCACUGUCGCUGGCAAGAGCUCAAGGACCUGGUCCGGCAGACUGCGCUUCAUAUCCGACAAGCUGUGGUUUAUGACGACAACCGUGGAUUCCCUACAGGACUGGGCCAGAUCAUCGUGAAGAAUGAAGACGAAGCAUGGCGAACCUACCACAGAUUAUCCACCCACGGCUGGGAGGGCCAGAGUCUGGUUGUCACGCUGGCUCGCACCAGUUCUCCCACACGCCCGAUCGCCGGACCGACCAAGAGCCCAACCUGCAUGAACUAUGUGGCCGGAUACUCGACUCCUCCCCGAGUCACCACGAGUCUGGCAGUACCUACCUCUCCCCUGUCUCCGGAGCCGACAUAUCAGGGGCCUGAGUAUACCGCGCCAAUGAUGAGCCCGAUGGCGGUUCCCCUUCAGCCCUUCCUGCCUAUCUUUACCGAUCCCCUUUGCCAACCCAUUCCCGCCAUGUCUCACUCUCCGGGUCUGCGGCCAUCCUUCUGUGAUCCUAAUCUCGCUUUCGCAUUUUUCCCAGCGUAUCCCAUAUCCCCAAUGGCGCACCCCCUCCACGACACAACUAUCAACACCAUGCACAUGGACAGCAGCAGCAGCGCCACCACUAACAACAGUCACCCUCACCACCGACCUCGAAAAUCUAUCUCCAGCUACACUCGUCCGAUGACGCGUCGAACGAUCUUCAUCCAGAACCUCAGCGCCAGCACCACGCCAACAGAUCUCGAAACUUUCCUGCAGCAGUCCAUCGGCACUAAUGUCACCACCAGCUCCAUCGAGCAAACCGAGAUGCCCCUGGACGCCGAGACGGGUUGCUGCAAGGGCUUUGCGCGAGUGACGUUUCACCAGACCGAGGAGGCCAAACGCGCCGUCACCAUGUGCAACAAUGCUAUCUUCAUGGGCGCCAAGAUCCGCGUGAAGAUCGAUCGCAGCAUCCAUGUGCGGUAUAGUUUAGCUCAGGGGCCGACGUCGCUCCCCGAGUCCAGCCCUGGGAUCGUUGCACCGGAGUCCAGCGGAGCGGAGAUGAAGCUGUCCGCCGCAGGAGCGAGGCGAGAAUCCGCUCCUACCCAGGUAGAUCGGUGUCAACCGUUGGUGGUGAAUGGGUCAGGAAUAGGGAGGCGAGUAGUUGCGACUUGA